AGCAGAACAACAGAAGCAGCAACGAAACACCAAGAGCAAACUCACAUACAUUCAAAGGAAGACUCCCGACAAGCAAAAUAUCAAAGAUGCCCUCUCAACAACCGCAAACCAAAACCAUCGCCUUCUUCGGCGCAACAGGCGGUUGCGCAGGUCACUGCCUCUACCUCUCUCUCAACGCUGGUUACACAUGUCGAGCCCUAGCCCGAACACCCAGCAAACUAACCAACUCUCUUAAAUCCAUGGGAAUCUCCUCCGAAACUCUAGACAAACACCUCACCAUAAUUCCCGGAAAUGCCAAAAACAUCGAAGACGUCCAGAAAGCACUAUCCACAGAUUCCGGAGAAAUCGUAGACGUAAUCAUCUCCGGCGUAGGCGGAGCACCACACCUCCAAUGGAGCCUCUGGAAACCCGUCGUCCUAGACGAUCCCAAAACUUGUCAAGACGCCGGACGCACUGUCCUUCAAGCCUGCCACCAACUCACAACAACCACCAACACCAAGAAACCCUUAUACGUCAACAUCUCCACAACAGGCAUAUCCCGCCAUUCCAGCCAUCCAGAAGACGUACCCUGGGGUUACCGAUGGUUUUACCACUAUGUCCUCCAAGAUCCUCAUGAAGAUAAACGUGUUUUGGAACAAAUCUUACGAGACGAGAUGGAGAAGAAGGAUGAGAGCGAGAGGGGAAUUGCUGGGUAUGUGAAUGUUAAACCUACGCUGCUGUUUGAUGGGGAGAGUCGUGGGAUAAACAAGAUUCGGGAGGGGAGAGAUGAUAGGCCGGUUCUUGGGUAUGUGAUGAAUAGGAAGGAUGUCGGGGUUUGGAUGUUCGAGCGGACUAUUAGGGAGGAUUUGAGGGGGGAGUUCGUGGGGAGGAGUGUUACUUUGGCUUAUUGAGGGUAAGAUAUUGUGUGGGUGUGGGUUCGAUGCGUUAGGGCGUUAUUCAGAUAUGUGGAUUUCAAAUUACAAUUGAUGAGACUCUG